UGUUUACGAGGCUGCACGGCUAGGAAGUGUGCGAUUACAGAUAACAACGGACAAUGCAAAUCUAGCCAACAUUUGUGUUAUUUCUGCUGUCAAUGCAUGUAAUUUGUUAUCGUUUUGAAAGUGGAGCCUUCACUUAGAGAGCGUGUGAAAAUGUUCGCCGGGUUACCGGAGCUGGGAAUAUCCAAUGGAGAGGAUCUGAAAGAAACUCUGACUAACUGUACUGAACCUCUGAAAGCCAUCGACCAGUUUCAGACGGAAAAUGGCAUUUUGUUGCCAACCUUACAGUCUGCCUUGCCUUUUCUGGAUCUUCACGGGACUCCACGGCUGGAGUUUCAUCAGUCAGUCUUUGAUGAACUUCGAGACAAGCUAAUGGAGCGUGUUGCCACCAUUGCAGAGGGCAAGGAAGAGGACAGGUACGUAAAGCUGGAGGAACUACUUGAGAAAAGCUUUCCCCUAGUGAAGAUGCCAUCCAUACAGCCGGUUGUCAUGCAAGUGCUGAAGCAUCUGCCAAAGGUGCCUGAGAAGAAGCUGAAGCAGGUGAUGGCGGAUAAAGAGCUGUACAAAGUCUGCGCGGUAGAGGUGAAACGGCAAAUCUGGCAGGACAAUCAGGCUCUUUUCGGGGACGAGGUGUCUCCUCUCUUGAAACAGUAUAUCGUGGAGAAGGAAGCAGCUCUUUUUAGCAAUGACCUCUCUAUCCUGCACAACUUUUUCAGCCCUUCACCCAAAACACGGCGACAGGGUGAGGUGGUGCUGAAGCUGACUCAGAUGAUUGGAAAGAACGUGAAGCUCUAUGAUAUGGUGCUGCAGUUCUUGCGAACACUGUUUCUGCGUACCCGUAAUGUACAUUACUGCACCCUGCGAGCGGAGCUGCUCAUGUCCCUUCAUGACCUCGACAUCAGCGAGAUCUGUUCAGUCGACCCCUGUCACAAGUUUUCCUGGUGUUUGGAUGCCUGCAUCAGGGAGAAGUUUGUGGAUGCUAAACGGGCCCGAGAGUUACAAGGCUUUCUGGAUGGUGUGAAGAAAGGCCAGGAGCAAGUGUUAGGUGACCUUUCUAUGAUCCUCUGUGAUCCCUUUGCCUGCAACACACUGGUGUUGAGCACCGUGAGGAACCUUCAGGAGCUGUUGAGUCAGGAUGCCCUGCCCAGAGACAGUGCUGACCUUCUCCUCUUGCUGCGGAUGCUCUCUCUGGGCCAGGGCGCCUGGGACAUGAUCGACAGUCAGGUUUUCAAAGAGCCUCGAAUGGAUCUGGAGGUGGUGACACGCUUUCUGCCUGCCAUGAUGUCGAUAGUGGUGGACGACUACACGUUUACAGUGGAGCAGAAACUGCCGAGCGAAGAGAAGACUUCUCUCGCGUACCCCACCACCCUGCCCGAAACCUUCUCCAGGUAUAUACUGGACAACAGGGUGGCAUGUGAGAUUGGCCUUUACUAUGCUCUGCAUAUUGCCAAGCUGAGGAAUAAAAAUGCUUUACAGCGGCUUCUGCCUGCAUUAGUGGAUACCUAUAAUGACAUGGCAUUCGGAGAUAUAUUUCUCCAUCUGCUCACUGGUCAUCUGACUCUUCUGUCUGAUGAGUUUGGAACAGAGGAGUUCUGUACUGCUGUCUUUGACAACUUCCUCCUCACGUCUUUCUCAAGUAAGGAGAACGUUCACAGACACUGCCUUCGCUUGCUGAAUCAUCUCCCUCAGAAGGUGCUGCCGUCCUACAUGGAAACCUUGAUGAAGACGCUUGAACCACCAAAACAGAGCAGUGAGUCGGUGAAGGAGCUGUACAACUUGCUGAAGGAGAAACUGGAGGCCUCCAAGAAAAGCCCCCCGCAACCAGAGGAAGCCCCUUCUCUAGAUCUCGGCCUUCAUCCCGUUACUGUGCCACCCACCCCCUCCACCCCCACAACCCCUGUCUGAUGGAAAUGGUACGUUCCGCACGCCAAACAGCAGCAGUGUUUGAGUGGAGGUGUAAGGCCUGUCUAAUGGCGUAAAGACUGAACUACAUGUGUCAAAUGGAACUGUGCUGUUCAUGUGACUCAGUUAUGUUAGUUUUUCUUCUUUUCCCCCCUCUUUUAUAAAGGUCAUUUUAAAAGCGUUUUCCAUUUUUGCAAAUCCGUGGGCUCGGCUCUAUUUCAAUUUCUACACUUCUUUUAAGAAAAUGUAGUCCCGGCUUGUUGAAUGAGUUCUUAUGUACAGCAUCUCUCAUGGUUGAACGGGAUUUGCUUUGGAUUGUGUCUGUGGCAAGCCCUGGUGUAAAUAAAAUAAUUGAUUCCAAA